CGGCCACAGAGAAGUCCUGGCCAUGCCAUCAGCAACCUGCUCGUCUUGUCCGUGAGGCCUUCCCAGCUGGCCGGGCUCACCCCGCGGCUCCUACACCUGUGCCUGCCCCAGGAAUCUGGGGCUGUUUCCCACUCCUCUUCAACCAUCAGCGACAUCUUGGGCCUUCUUUUCCAGCCAGGUGGGACGACGCCCCUAUGAGGCUGUGUCUUAUCCCUCGGAACACGGGCACCCCACAGAGGGUCCUGCCUCCUGUGGUCUGGAGCCCCCCCUCGAGGAAGAAACCCGUGCUGUCUGCUCGCAACUCCAUGAUGUUUGGACACCUCAGCCCCGUGAGGAUCCCUCGUCUCAGAGGCAAGUUUAACCUUCAACUUCCUUCAUUAGAUGAGCAGGUGAUCCCAGCCAGGCUCCUGAAGAUGGAGGUGAGGGCAGAAGAGCCCAAAGAAGCAACGGAGGUGAAAGACCAGGUAGAGAUCCAGGGGCAGGAGGACAAUAAAAUGGGCCCCUGUAGUAAUGGGGAAGCAGCCUCCACCUCUAGGCCCCUGGAGACUCAGGGAAACCUCACUUCCUCCUGGUACAAUCCCAGGCCCUUGGAGGGAAAUGUCCACCUCAAGAUCUUGACAGAAAAGAACCAGACUGACAAGGCCCAGGUGCAUGCAGUGAGUUUCUACUCCAAGGGCCAUGGAGUCGCCAGUUCACACAGCCCUGCUGGAGGCAUCCUUCCCUUUGGGAAGCCUGACCCACUUCCAACAGUGCUCCCUGCCCCAGUUCCGGGCUGCUCCCUGUGGCCAGAGAAGGCAGCCUUGAAGGUGCUGGGUAAAGACCACCUGCCCAGCUCUCCAGGCUUGCUGAUGGUGGGGGAGGACAUGCAGCCCAAGGAUCCUGCAGUUCUUGGAUCAAGUAGGUCUUCUCCACCCAGAGCUGCCGGCCACAGGUCCCGCAAAAGAAAACUGUCGGGGCCACCACUGCAGCUGCAACUGACCCCUCCCCUGCAACUGAGGUGGGAUAGAGAUGAGGGGCCCCCACCGGCUAAGCUUCCAUGUCUAUCUCCUGAGGCACUGUUGGUGGGUCAGGCUUCCCAAAGAGAAGGACGCCUCCAGCAGGGCAACAUGCGUAAGAACAUGAGGGUGUUAAGUAGAACAUCAAAAUUCAGGAGACGAAAACAGCUGCUUAGGAGGAGAAAGAAGACACGGCAGGGCAGGCGUGGUGGCUCACGCCUGUAAUCCAGCACUUUGGGAGGCCCAGGCGGGCGGAUCACACUUGGCACUACUCACUUUGCAGACAGGACGGCGGCGCAACCUUCCAAGUGUGAAGUGACAGCCUUGUGUGUGAUCUUUCUGCCCUCCCCAAGUUUGC